UACAUAUUUAUGUGUGCAAGUUGAACGUACUUGCCAAUGUGUAAUCAAAAUAUUAGAUAUCUAUAACGGUGUUAAAUCAUGGAAAGAGAUACUCUGUUUUUCUCAUUAGAACAUGCAUAAAACAGUGGAAGUAUUCUUAAAUCAACACUACCAGGAACUACAUUUGUGUUUAAAAUCUACUGCUUUUACAAAUCAGUAUUGUUUGUGUUAUAAUGGCGAACAAAACAUUCCAUCCAGCCGACUACGCCGUUUUUGCUGCCAUGUUGGUGAUCUCAGCAGGAAUUGGGAUUUUUCAUGCUUUUUCCGGAGGAAAACAAUCCACCAACAGGGAAUUUCUAAUGGCCGACCGUCAAAUGAGAUCUCUGCCAGUGGCGCUUUCCGUAUUGGCCAGUUUCUUUUCUGCGUCCACCCUGUUAGGAACCCCUGCGGAGAUAUACCAAUACGGUACCCAGUACUGGAUGUCAGUGUUUGGGGCUAUGCUGGCUCCUCUCACAGGGGCACUUCUGUUUGGACCCAUGCUCUUCAAUCUGAAAAUUGUCAGCGUUUUUGAGUACCUUGAAAUACGAUUCAAUUCGAAGUCAGUUCGACUGUUUGGAGCGACCUUGUUUCUACUGCGCGCUACUCUUGGUAUGGGUAUCGUUCUGUACGGACCUUCCACGGCUUUAAGUGCGGUUACCAACUUCCCUGUUUGGGCAAUCAUUCUCAUGGUUGGCGGGGUAUGCACAUUCUAUACGACAUUGGGAGGUAUGAGAGCCGUGAUCUGGACCGACGUGUUCCAGACAGUUGUAAUGCUGGCCGGUAUGGUAGCUGUCUUGAUACAGGGAUCUAUUCGAAUUGGAGGACUGACUGAAAUAUGGAAAAUUGCGUACGAUGGUAACAGAAUAGAGUUUUUCAACUUUGACCCAGACCCUCAAGUUCGUCACUCGUUCUGGUCACUUGUCGUCGGUAUAUAUUUUGUAUGGCUACCACCGUACACGGUCGACCAACAGAUGGUACAGAGAUUCUCGUCAGCCAAGUCCCUGAAGGACGCGAAAUUUGCUUUGCUGUGUAACAUUCCUGGAAUGUUCGUUCUCAUCACUCUUUGUUCUUUGGUGGGUGUGGUUUUGUAUGCAAAUUAUGCCACGUGCGAUCCUCUGAAAAACAACGAUGUCCAAAACGUAAACCAGCUUUUACCAUACUUCGUCAUGGAGAUAUUUGCAGAUUUACCUGGCUUACCUGGCCUGUUUGUGGCCUGUAUAUUUAGUGGUGCGCUCAGUUCAGUGUCAUCCAUGUUGAAUUCUUUGGCGGCUGUGAUGUGGGAGGACUUCCUCAAAGUUAGGAUAAAGCGUGUGGAGGAGGCAACAGCUACACGGAUAACAAAGUCUCUCGCUGUAAUGUUUGGUUGUUUGGGAGUUGGGAUGGCAUUUGUCGUGGAACAAAUGGGAGGAACUGUCCUUCAGGCCUCCUUGACCUUCAAUGGUGCUAUAGGCGCUCCUUUAGUCGGCGUAUUCAUUCUGGGGGCGUGCUUUACCAGUGCAAACUGGAUUGGUGCUCUGGCUGGUGGCGUCAUGGGAUUCGUUUUUCCAAUAUGGCUAGGAAUCGGAAAGUACGUCAGACAGCCACAAAAUUUCAAACUUUCAACGAGCACCGCGGGUUGCUUUGCUGAAAACCAGACGUCGACGUCAUUACUGAACACUACACUGUCCAUGGUAUCUUCAAUCCCCACAGUCACAGAAUCAAUGUCAGAACUGUCGACCUGUGAUGGAAGCAUGCCCAUAUCUGCAGAGCUGACUGGUCUAGAUAAGCUGUAUGGUGUGUCCUACAUAUGGUUCAGUUCAAUAGGUAUUCUCACAGUGGUGGUCAUCGGUCUUGUGGUCAGCUUGAUGACCGGUAAAACUGAAGAAGAUAAAGUACCUGAAAAUCUACAAUUGCAUUUCUGGAAACGACUGUAUGCAUUAAUAUCGCAUUCUUCCAGAAACAAAGAGACAGUUGAGGAAGAGGAGAUUGCAGGAAUAAAAAGUGCACAUGACGAAGAAUUGACAGACGAGUAUGUCAGCGUUGAUGAUGCAACAACAUCGUUGUAAAACGUCAUUACUUUUAUUGUUAUUGGUAUACGUCCAAGGUGUAAACACAUGCACCAGUGUACAGAUAUUAUCCAAUCAGAAAAUACCAAUAUGCAUUUCGACAUAUUACCUAUGAACUGUCUCAUUAAGACCAUUCGGACACAUGCAUGUACAUAAUGCGUAUAUACGUGUUCAAUUAAAACAAUU